AUUUUCCAUUUCGAGGAAGAAAGUUCUAAAUAUACAAAAAUAAAUUUGGCAGACAUCUUGAAGUUUCUAAAGGAAAAAAAUAUAUCCUUAUCAGUAAUAUAAAAAUUUUGCGUUAAAUUAAAAAUUCAAAGCAGUUUUCAAUAAUAUUUUGUGCUUUUUCGAGCAUGCUGAUUUUGAAGGAAAAAACUAAGAAUAAAUUAUUCAAAUGACCGGAAGUUUCAAGGUUCAGCUCAUAAAUAUGGGCACAAGAGCAGCGGCUUUUCAAGCCAAGCUGCGUUGCUUACAUGAAUAUCAUAUUCGUUUAUUACAUAAUACACAACCAGCACCAUCUGGUAUUGAUAUCGCAAACACAAUUAAAUAUUUUUCUCAAACUUUACUGACCUGUAUGUUUUUUAAGGAAGGUUUAUAUCCAGGAGACCAAUCUGUAUUAAAAGAUGUGCCAAAUUCCCCACACUUACUUAUUAAAGAUCCAACAAUGGAUCAGACAAGAAUGGCUGCCUACCCAAAUUUGGAAUAUGGAAAUUUAUAUAAUGCAUUAACAAUGUUAUUAGAUGUUGCACCAUGUAUACCAUAUUCACAAGUUGUUGAUUUUGGAAAAGCUUUAGUACAAUGUUUUUGCUGUAUAUUACCAUUUUUGGAUAAGGAUUUAAUUGAUAAUUUACCAUAUUUAGUCAGUUCAACAAUUUCAGUAUUACCACCAAUUUUACAUCAAGAUGUUAUAAAUGCUUUAUGCUUUUAUAUAUUACCUUUUACUAUUACCCGACAAAGUCCAGAGGAACAAGUAUGCCAAGCAGCUCAAUCAGUAUCAGCUGUAAUUAUGAUGGUCUUCCAAUAUUCAAAUAAUCCUGCUCAUCAUUGUCAACUCUUGGAGUGUUUAAUGGCUUUAAAGAAUAAUGUUGCCAAAGAUAUACUUUGUGUAAUUGCAUAUGGUACUGCACAAUCAAGAUCUUCCGCAGCAAAGCUGCUUUUUUAUUAUUGGCCUGCUUUUGAUCCAAAUUUAUUUGAUAGAAAAGGAUUAUUAAGCAAAUUAACUAAUGACCUAAUACCAUUUGUAUGCCAACGUGAGCAAUGCCCUAAUUCUGGUAAUGCAGAAGCAGCAAAAGUUUGCUUUGAUCAUGGUAUCAGUAUUGCUUACGCUCCAGACUGUCCGCCACCAUUAUAUUUAUGUAUUGAGUGUGCCAACGAAAUUCAUAGAGAGCAUCCCAAUUUAACCUUUGGUGACAUGUUACAUCCAAUGCAACAAGUUUCGAUGGUUUGUGAAAAUAAAAAUUGUAGAUCAAAUGAGAAAGCAGCAUAUUCAAUUUGUUUUUCAACUGAAUGUGCUAGUUACAAUGGAAAUCAUCCAAUUCGUUAUUGUUUACAAUGCCAUAACAAUCGUCAUAAUGCUCGUCGUGGAGGAGAUCACAUCGUUCAUCGUAGUUUACCACCUGCUUUUCAAAUGGAUGCUGAAAUGCAAAUGUAUAUGAUUGAGAGUGUUGUAAGUCUUUUAAGAGAAUCAAAACCAUUAUGUUUUGAACCAGCUGGAAGAGAAGCCUCUGGAAGUGUUGGCACACCUGGUGCGGAGCCUAAAAAUGGAAAUAGUAAUGGUUUACAAGAUAAUAUUUCAAUAGAAGAAAGGCAAUUGUUAGGUCGAUAUGGUAUAUGGUUAUUAGUUGGCAGAUGCUCUCCAACAAAGGAUACGCCCAUUGAAACUUUAGGAAGGUUAUUAGGAAUGUUGUUUCAUUGGUUUCAUGUCACAGCCUACAGCUAUGAUGCUGCUGGUCAAAUAGAGAGCGCAAUUGAGAAGUUAAAGAUUGAACAUGUUUGUGCUUGGUUAAAGGAAAUAUGCAGAGAGCAUUAUAACACUUUUAUUGGUUGUUUGUUACCUCAUCCACCAGAAUAUUCAAGAGUAGGUGGACAUUGGGAAACCCUAGCUUCUAGAACUAGUCAUUUAAAAGAAGGACUACAACGAUUAAUAUGUCUUGUCCCAUACGAAGUUAUUACUUCAGAAAUUUGGGAUUAUGUUAUGCCACAUUGGAUGGAAGCGAUCACAAAUGAUGUUGGCGAAAAAGAAUUGCAAGAACUAAAAAUUGUAUUGAGUAAAAUUUUAGAUCCUGAAAUGUCACCAUUAGGUUUUGAUGCAAAAACCAUGUAUAAUUUUGUUGCAAUACGUUUUGAAAAAACAACUGCAAAAGUUCAACAACAAGCAUUACAUUGGUUACAAAUACUUACAAAACUUGAAAUUUUAAUUCCAUUGUCACAGUUAUUUGCAAUGUUCGGUGAUGGUGUUCGCAUAAUGAAAUAUGGAGUUCAACAUGAAAUUUUAAAAGAAAAAGAAAGCAAAGGACAUAAACCCGCUCAAAAAGAAAAGGAUACACUAUCUGCUCCACCGAGAAGAAGUUCCAUUUCACCUGUCGUAGAAGAUGAUUCAGGAAAUACCUCAGCUAUAUCUGAUGAUGAGGCACCCACAAAUCGUCAUACCGAAUUUUCAACAGAUGCUGAACAUAAUUUAACUUGUUGUAUUCUAAUGUUGGAUAUAUUACUUAAACAGAUGGAAUUACAGGAUGUUGAACAGCAUACCGGAAUACAUACAAAUGUUUGUGAAAAUGUAUGUCGUCUUAUUAAAUGUAUGGUUACUGCAGCUCGAGUUGGACUGAGUAGUCAUGUUUGCGCUCUAAAAGUAGCAGAAUGUGCUUAUUGUGAGGCAUCAAUUAUGUGGCAUCAAUUGUCAUCAAAAUUAGUUCAAUUUAUGGCCCCUAAAAUUCCAGUUCGCCCACCUGAUCCACCAAUCGAAGAAAAUGUUGAUGAUGAGAAAUCAGCACGUAAAAGUCCACCAGAAAAUGAUAAAGAAAAAUCAAGAGAUGUUUCGCUCUCUAUGGCACCUUUACCAAUUCCAUUAGGUCCAUUAGGUGGUUUUGCUGGAAUCCCUUUUAUUCCAGACGAGACUGGAAAAAUAUUAAUUAUGGCAGGUCCAGUACCAGUUGCAGUACCACAACCAGAACCACAUUCAGUUGGAGGUGUUCUAGUACAUAUGCCACACGUAUGCUCUACAAAUGAACGUGGCCGUUCUAAUGAAAAUACUAAUGAUUUAACAAGAAACGUUCAAGCCACAGACGAGAUUAUGACAGCAACAGUUGACACAGGUGAACAAUUUGAUUUGUCAGCCAUAAUACCAGAAAAGACAACAGGUGUCGCUAGAUCUUCAACUAUUCAAGAAACCGAUGCACAAUCACAAAAAAAUAUAUCAGGAUUAGGUGACACUGACAAAAAUGAAACAUUAAUAGAAGAGAAUGGUGAUGAUUUAGAAGAUGGCGAUGAUAUUUGGCAUACCUCCGUUGGAAAAUUUCGAUUCAAUUUAGAUUCAUUACCUCAAGUGUUGCAGUAUAUUCAUCAACUGUUAACAGAAAUACCGACAAUACAAAAGCCAGACAUUUUAUAUUAUAUUCUUCAAUGUCUAAAUGUUAUGGCACUUCAUGGUGAUGCUUUAACUAAGGCUGUUAGAGAACAUCGUGGAUUUUUUAUAUGGUGUCAGGAAAACCUCUUAAUAAAAAAUUUAUGGGAUUUGUGUAAUGCCGAACAUUCACAUAUAUGUCAAGCUGGUGUACCAUUACUUUUGCAUUGCAUUACUUUACCACUUGGAUCUGAUGUAUUUUGGCGUGUCGUUCAAGAAGAUUUUCAUGAUCCGGACUGGCGUGUACGUUUUACAGCAGUUGAGCGAGUGACCGUUAUUACACGAUUUAUGGAUACAACCCCACUACGUAGUGAAGUUGGCCUUCAAACAGCAUUAGCAACAGCUUUUUGUCAUUUAAUCGCAAGUAUGGAUGAUAUUAACGUACAUGUAGCACAACGUGCAACAUUAUAUUUGGGCACAAUCCAUGAUAAUGCAAUUCGAUCAUUGCUCUUCUGCUUAGAAUCUCAAUUUGAUUUAUUUAUUGUUGAUCGGCCAGUUGUAUUACAAUCUUUAUAUCAAUUACAUAAUUCAUUAUCGGAUCGAAAAGUUUUAACAUGGGAUUUCUUUUUGAAUCGUUUUGAUACGCUUUUUGUUGAAGCACAAAUCAAUUUAGAAAAAAGUGGUGAUAUCUCCUAUUUAAGAGAUUUAAGAAAUUCAGAAAAUGGUAGUGAAGUUUUGUCAAUGAAAAUUAAUAAGGCACGAGAGGCAUUAUCACAUUCAGAUACAAAUAGCAGUAUGGCAAAAACUUUGAGUGCAUCAUUUGGUACGAAAUGGCCUUAUAAAAGAACAAUGUCAGCACCUGCCAGUAUGAUUCCAAGGCAGGAAUCGAAGAUGGAAAAAGAAAAAGUCUAUAGCCGCCAAAUAUCAGCUCCAAUAUUAAAAAGGAAAACAUCACGUUUUGGUUUGGAUGGUCAAAUUCAUUCAAUUGGAGCUGCUGAAGAACUUUCAGCUAUCAUUCAUCGGAUUAUAGAAUUGGAGGAAUCUGAUAAGGAAACUAUUCAUUUGCUGGUUUUCCUUUUGAUGCAAUUUAUGUCACGUGUUGAUCAAGCAUUCCCAUCUGAAGAGAAACCGAUGGUUAAAACUCAAAAUAUUGUUCUAAAGCACUUAUUUUUGCUUUUAGGACAUAAUCAAUUAGAAAAAACUUUCCAUGUUACACCAACCAAGCUGCGAUCUUCCGCUGUAUUUAAUUCAUUUCUUGCAAAUCUACCACAAGUUUUAGAUCAAAAUCAUUUAAUUGGGGGAUUAAUAUUGCCUUCAGCUCUUCAGGUUCUUCUGUUUGCUCCAAAUCCAUCAAAUAUUGGUGUUGAUGCUUUUCAAAAUCUCGUAUACAACUAUUCAUUAUGGCACUUGGAGGCUCAUGCACGACGAAAUUGGCUAAUGUCUGUACUUGUUGUACUUUACAAAUACGAGUAUACGCAGCCUCCAUACAGCGGAUAUAUAAACAGUGUUAUAAGAAUAGUUCUUAACUGUUUGAAGGCGCAAUUUCAUCAGUGCAAACGUAUUCCAACAAGAACAAUACUGGAUAUACAACCUGUCCUUAGAUCUAGAGAUGCUAGCCAACCAUCGUUGGGUACUGAUCCAGAUUUAAAUCGACAGGAAAGUCCUCCUCCAAGUCCAAUAUUUCCAUCAGAAGGCACCAGUCACGGUACAAGCGGGGGAUCAAGAACCAAAACUCAAACAGCUACUGGAUUUCCUCAAAAACCCGCUCAGCCUGGAUUCCGAAAAUAUCAAGAUUCUAGUAUUGAAUGUGACGAUACAGAAAGUGAAUUGGUAGCUAUUCCAGAAAGUGAUUUUUCUGAUAGCACAAUGCAUGGUAGCAGUGCUCCUGGCUCUUUUGACGAUCCCGUUCACUUUGAUGAAAUCGCUGCACCACUGAAACCGGAAAUUCUCAAAAAUCGGACACAUGUAACAACAGCAAAUUUAGCUACCGCUCAUGUUGCUUUAUCUACACUUAAAGCUUCAGAACAUCACCAUCAUCAUCACGAAGAGAAAAAAGAUUUGAGUAAAAAGCAACACAGACUUUCUGUAACAACUAUAAUAACGCGUCCUACAGACACCACUGUGAAGACUAAUAAAAUGGUUGACAGCAAAUGUAGCUUACAAGAAGGUGUUCGCAUGAUGGUGACGCCAUCAAUGAUCAUGACUUCAGAUGUGGAAAAAGAAAAGUUUUUAAGUCAGCAAAAAGAACGUCCUAAAACUCCAGAAAUGACUGCUACUUCAAAAAUGUUUGCAAGUAUUGCAUCAAAUCACUUAAAAGCAAUAGGAGCUCUUCAUGAUGUUGAUACAAAAGUUUCACCUACUUUAAUCGAAAAUCGUAUUAGUACUCAAGACUUGCAACCUCUAGCAGCCAAACCACCUACAGGGUACAUUAUUAAUGGAACUUCUAAAACAAAUGGAACAUUUCCCGAAUUGAGGAAAGGCUCACCACCAUAUAGCACAGCCAAACCACUUGGUCGCCACCAAAAGAUAAUAGAACCUACUCCAGCAACUACCCCUGUUGGUUCAUCUUCUUCGCCAUCAACUAAUACAGAUAGCUCGAGAUCUGAUGGAAAAAUUCGAAAAUCACUGAAAAGUUUAGAAAAAACAUUUGGUUCUCCUGAGUCUCCUCUUUCUAAAAUGAAUGUUAUGCCGUAUCCAAAUGAUGAUCUUCCAAAAGAUUCUUUCCCAAAACCUAAGCAAAUUUCACAACUUGAAUUCCCAACACCCGAAAGACUUUUACCGAUCGGAGAAGGUAUUUCUUCAAUAGCAGAUAGAGUUCGAGAAGCAUUAAAUAUACCCGACAUUAGUCAUUUAAAGCAAGAUAGUUUAGAUAUUUCGGAAAGUACAAAGGAAGACAUUAGUACUAGUACCAGAACUAACUCCCCCAGAAAAUUGAUUAAACAAGUUGCAUUAGAAUCCCCACCUAAUGCCCAAGGAGACAUUCAUACUACUAUUCUUAAAAGUGUGUCGCAUGAUCCGAAACAGCAAAAUGGUACGAACAUUGACAAAAAAGUCGAUUUAAAUACUCAACCUCCCGGACGAGCAAAACCUAAACUUCGAAAAGUUGGACCAUUUGCGGUUGAUUCGCAAUCGAUUCCCGAUGUACGAUCACGAUUUGCUGGUUCAUGGCCUCCUAUGAAUGACCGAGAUUUUUAUGAUCCACCUGAAGAAGAUUCCGGAAAUGGAAACACUUCGCAAUCCGAAUACAAAAUGAGCUCAUCACGAGUCGGAGAUGACUGUGUUUGCUUGAGAUGUUCUGAAUGCGGAUCAAUGAUAGAAGAAUAUAGUGAUGAAGAAAUUGGUUUGCUUAUCAUUAUAUUAGGAACAUUUAUCCACAGAGAACCAUCAAUGGCCGCACCGUUCUUGCCAGAAAUUUUAACGUGUGUUUCAAAGUUUGCCUUACGUUCGACGUUUACAUGGCAACACGAGAGCAACACUCAUUUACCAGGAGGGUCACAAUCGGUUGCACAUCAAUUUCUAAGAUGCGUUUUACAUCAACUAGCUCCAAAUGGCGUUUUCUUACAGCUAUUUCAAACGCAAGUAAAAGCUGAAGUUCGUAAAAAAUAUUUUCGAAGUAUUGCUCAAGCCCUGCUGGACUUUCAAGAACUAAAUCCUAUUAGUCCGAUAUAUUUAGUUUGCGAGGCUUUAAAUUCCAAAAAACAUUUACCAGUAGAUAUCUUACCUGUCAUCAUUCGUAAUAUGGCAGAAUACUUACAUAGUAUUCCUAGCGAAAAUGGUUUAGGUCCUGUUGCAUGGCAAACACCAUUGCAAGCUCUUGAUGUCCUGUUCCGUCAAUUAAUUAUUAUCUUGCCAAGUUUGGAAAAUUUAGAAAGCUUGCUGGAAAUAAUGGUAUCAGUUCUGAAGGCUCCCGGAGCUUCUAAAGGACUUUUGGAUCCAUUUUCAAAAGUUCUAAGUUUUUGUAUACAAAAUAUACAUGUCAAACAUAAAAUCAUGUAUGAUUUAUGCACAUUUAGCAUUAGAGCAUUUUCAAAAGAUCGUGACAAAUUCUUUUUGUGUCGACAAAUAAUAUUUGAACUGAUACAAGCAUUGAAAUUCAAGAUCAAUAUCCCAGAUUCAAAUUUGUUGUUGAUAGUUGGUACAGCACUUCAAGAUGCUGGGGGGGCUUUGCCACCUGGAACAAUUGAAGGUCUACCAGAUCAUCCACCAGUAUAUACAACAAACAUGGCUGACGCUAUGAGGCAAUACAUGAAUGACAUCAUGGAUUUCUUAGCCGAUUUCCAUACUUUAAGCAAAAUAAAGAACUUCAAAAACAAUAGUCAAACAUCAAACGGAUUUGGGGAAGAUACUUUGGGUGGGGUUUUAAAAGGAGCUAUAGCGCAAUAUUUAGCUUUAGAAAUGUCAAGAGGAAAUUCGAGAGAUAAUAAAGCAGUUUCAAGAUAUUUACCAUGGCUACACAAUGCACCAUCUUCCUUACAACAAGGACCAAAAGAAUUUACGGAAUGUGUUGGACAUAUGCGACUUUUGUCUUGGCUUUUAAUGGGCUCUUUAACUCACACCGCAUUAGCAGCCAAGAAAAGUGGACCAAUUGGACAACAUGCAUCUGUAACUCAUUUACAUCAACAGCAACAGGGAAUAGUACAACCAGUACCCCAGGAAGCGAGUUGUCAUAUUGCCGAUCAUAUACAAGUUAUAUUUGCUGGUUUUUCCGAACAGUCAAAAACUUCGGUCCUGCACAUGUCAUCAUUAUUCCACGCAUUUACUUUAUGUCAACUUUGGACUGUAUAUUUAGAGCAAAUCUCAUAUACAUCUGCACACAAUUCAGAAGGUUAUAAUGUUACUAUGGGUAUUUUAUUUGAAUUUUGGGCAAAAGUAACUCCUUGCAUCCUACAGUUAGUUUCCCAUGCUAAAGUGCUAUCAGAAAUGGUAAAUUUGCACUUUCUUAGUUUGUUGGAAGCAUUGAAAGAAACUCAUUCAACAAUUUUGGGAAAAUUGCUACCGUUAUUCAGUCCAGUUUUAUCUUCACAAACACAAUCUGGUACCUUACAUGUUCGCUUACAAAGCGUUCGUGAUUAUGCACCGGACUUAGAAGAACAACAAACGUUACAAUCUGAAGCCCUCCUAAAAUGGUUACAGCGAUUGCAAUUUAAAAUGGGACAAAUUGAAUUGCAAUCAUCAACUGCAACUCAAUUCUAUUCUAUCUAAAUUAGAACUGAUUAAUAUUAUAAAAUUUAUUAACUACAAAAUGAAUGUCUAUAGAAUUUUAGCAAAGAAUUUUGAAGCUUUACUUAUUGAUGUCUUCUAUAAAAGUUAUGGUACAGGAUAUGAGCCUUUGUUAUAUAAAUAGGGAAAUUCUAUA